GUCAAAGGCCCGGUGCGCGUGUCUCUCUACAUCCGCCAUCCCAGUCCUGCAACACCAUGUCCUCGAUCGAGCUUGCGCCAAAGCAGAAGGCCGAGUCUGACGCCGCCUCGGGACCUCCGUCGGUCACGGUGACUCCAGCUCCUCCAGCAUUCUCUAAGGCAGUCAAGAAUACCCUCCUUUUCAUAUUCUGUUCUGCGCAGUUCCUUGAUGCAUUCAACAAUUCGGCUUUCUUCGCAGCAAUUCCGCCACUUGCUCAAGACUUGAACAUCUCCAACAGUUCCUCAGUGUGGAUUAUUAGUGCUUACCAGCUCACGUACGCUGCACUUCUACUUAGUAGCGGUCGUCUGAGCGACUUAUACAACGCAAAAUGGAUCUUCGUGUCUGGAAUGCUCCUUAUGGCUUUUACUGCCCUGGGUGCAGGAUUUGUUCGCACACAAGUUCCGCUUCUAGUCCUUCGUGCUUUCAUGGGAGUUGGUGCUGCGCUGAAUAUUCCUUCGGCGAUGAGUCUUAUUGUUCGCCUCUUCCCCGAACCUGCGGAACAGUCUUCAGCUUUUGCAGCGUUCUCUGGUGCAUCCGGAUUCGGAAAUGUCCUUGGGUUGAUUAUCGGUGCUCUACUCGUGAACUACGCGAGCUGGCCUUGGGUCCUUUACUUCUGCACAAUCCUCUGCUUCGUAUUAGCAGUUGCAACAUUGCUCCUUUUGCGAAACAAGGACUUGGGUGACGGUAAAAGCAAGCAGGGCUACUCGAUUAGCGAACAAUUUAAGCGACUUGACCCAGUUGGGAUUACUUCCUUGACCAUUGCCCUCAUUCUGUUCAUUUUCGCUGUUACCCAAGGGUCAAUAGAUGGUUGGGGAAAUGCGAAAGUUAUUACUCCGCUGGUAGUCUCGGUUGUCCUAGCCGCAUUUUUCGGAUUCUGGGAGUCAAAGAUUCCCGAGAAGUUUGCUUCCGUGCCACCAUCGAUCUGGAAGUACCCAAACUUCCCUAUUCUCGUCCUUUUGGGCUUGCAGCCUUUCAUGUGGUGGGCAUCUGUCCAACUCCUCUUCUCAUGGCUCUUCCAAGAAGUGUACAGAUGGUCUACCAUUAUCACGGCAGUACACUUCUUGCCCGUGGGUCUCGUUACAUUCCCUAUCAUGGGUAUUGCGCAGAGGUUGCAACAGCGGCUACCUCUGAAAUGGGUUAUCUUGAUCGGCCAGUUCUUAGCACUCGUCGGUACAAUUCUUCUUCCAUUCGCAAACUCAAAGUCGCGUUACUGGCCUCUCGUGUUCCCCGGAUUCUUGAUUGGUUCUGGUGGAGAGCUUAUUGUCUUCACGACAACCAACAUCGCACUUUUCGUUGUCACACCGCCCGAAGUUUCAGGAAUAGUCGGCGCGAUCUUCAACUGCUCACUCCAACUCGGCUCAGCGGCCGGUGCUGCGAUAAUCACUUCCAUCCAGACUAGCGUUCAACAAACCCACGGAGGCCCGAACAGCUACAGUGGACGUGCUGCAGGAUUUUGGUUCCUGUUUGCUUGGAAUGUGCUCAUGUUUAUUGGUGUUAUCUUCCUUAUGCGCUACACAGUGGCACCUGUGAAUGUCAACAAGAAGGAAGAGGUGGAAGCGGAGGGUCAUUUGGCACCAACGACAUCGCUUCGACAUGAUUGAACUCUUUGCACCCUUUCUCGCUUUACUUUCAUUCCUUCUUUUCCUCUCGGAAUUAGCCAUACCUGAUGAACGUAUUUAUUCUUUCUUUCUUACGCCCCUUCGGACAUACGUUCCUUGUCUAGGUCGACCAUCAUGAGCAGUUAUGGUCCUAACUGCUGCGGUAAUGCUGUACUCGUUAUCAUGUCUAUUU